GUUGUUAUACUUUGUUUGUUGUAUUGUCAGGAGUUGUCGAGCGAGAUUCAUACUUCCUGGUAAAGCAUUCAGGAAAAAGUGAUUUUCGAAGAUUUUGUAGUCGUCUGUUUCAUGUUCGCUAGCCUACAAGCGUCACGUCACAAACACUUGAGGGAUAAGUUUUGGAAAAAGCAAACCAGUCACCGGAUUCAACUACUGUCACCAUCGCAACUUGGACCAGAUAACGGCCGCCACUGCUAGCGAUUUCCUGUUCUCAACAUAGCUAGCUAGUUCGGUGAACGAUUUUGGGUGGUGAAAAACAUCGAACCGUGCAAAAUGACGGUGGCGGCUUCAAACUGGGGUUUGAUCACGAACGUGGUCAACAGCAUCGUUGGAGUGAGCGUGCUGACCAUGCCUUUCUGUUUCAAACAGUGUGGGAUAGUGCUGGGGACUCUGUUGCUGUUCUUCUGUUCGUGGAUGACCCACAAGUCAUGUAUGUUUCUGGUCCACACGGCCAGCAGCACCAAACGCAGGACCUAUGCUGGCCUAGCGUUCCAUGCCUACGGCAAACCAGGAAAAACACUGGUGGAGACCAGUAUGAUAGGUCUGAUGUUGGGGACCUGUAUUGCCUUCUAUGUCGUCAUCGCUGACCUGGGCUCUAAUUUCUUUGCCCAGUUGUUGGGCCUACCGGUGUCAUUUGGUUUCCGUGUGCUGCUGCUGAUGGCGGUGUCUCUGUUCAUCGUGCUGCCUCUCAGUCUGCUGAGGAACAUGAUGUCAUCUAUCCAGUCCUUCUCUGCCAUGGCCCUCAUGUUCUACAUGUUCUUCAUGUUCACGAUGGUGCUGUCCUCAUUCAAACACGGGCUACUCAGUGGCUUUUGGCUGGGGCGGGUCAGUAUGGUGCGCUGGGACGGCAUCUUUUGCUGCCUCCCUAUCUGUGGCAUGGCCUUCGCCUGUCAGUCGCAGGUGUUGCCUACCUACGACAGUCUGGACGAGCCCUCCAUCAAACGCAUGAGCACCAUCUUCACCACCUCCCUCAACGUCGUCACCACCUUCUACAUCACGGUGGGAUUCUUUGGCUACGUCAGUUUCACGGACGACAUAGCCGGUAACGUUCUGAUGAACUUCCCUUCUAACCCGGUGACUAAGAUGAUCCGGGUGGGCUUCAUGAUGUCAGUGGCGGUGGGCUUUCCCAUGAUGAUACUGCCCUGUAGACAGGCCAUCAACACCAUGCUGUUCGAACAACAGCAGAAGGAUGGGACGUUUACUGCAGGGGGGUACAUGCCUCCAUUGCGCUUUAAGAUGAUCACCUUCGCCAUCGUCUUCGGAACCAUGCUGGGAGGCAUCCUCAUCCCCAAUGUGGAGACCAUCCUGGGUCUGACUGGAGCCACCAUGGGUUCCCUCAUCUGCUUCAUCUGCCCUGCCCUCAUCUACAGAAAGAUCCAGAAGAAUGGACUCACCGCACAGUUGGUGUUGUGGGUUGGGUUAGGCAUCUUGCUGGUCAGCACCUUCACCACGGUGUCAAUCUCAGCCAGUGACUCCACCCCCAAGCAUGCCCCUCCUCCCCCUGCAGCUGACAAGAGUGCCAUCUUGAGAGUCCUUCCUGACAUGGCUGAUUUACUGAACGCAGUAGAGAAGCCGGUGGUAGCAAAACAGCCUGAGGUGAAGCCUGUGUUGGUGGAGAGGCAUAAGGCCCCUGCUGCUUUAGAGCCAGUCCAUCCAGUAGAGAGACAGCAGGAACAGACUGAGCCACCCCAGAUCAAAGGACCUGAACAAGGAGUUCCAGACAGGAAGGAGGAGGAGGAAGUGCAGCUGGACCGCCCUGAUGCAGGUGUGGCGGUACCUGACGGGGAGGCCCAUCGGCACGAGCCGCCCAUCCCCCAUGAUGAGGUCCAGAUAGAGAAGAGGAAGAAUGACGCAGAGCUGGAGGAGGAGAACCAACCUGCAGAGGGAGGAGAAGAGUCUGAGGGUCAAGGAGUGGCGGACCAGGAAGAGGUGAAGAAUAAAGAGGGAGGAGAGGAGGAGGAGAAACUUCCUUUGUUGGUGAAAAAGGUGGAAGUGGGAGGAGCCGAGGUGCAGUCCAAUGCGGUGCUGGAGAAGCCUGACCCGGGGGCGGGGAAGAAACAGGAAGUCCCAACCCUAAAGCAAGUGGAGAAAAUUGCCCCAAUGCUUGUUGGGAAGGAUGUGGUGGCUGAGCAGGCGCUGGUUGAUGCGGCCAAAGCCCCAGAGGUUGCUGGGAAACGUGAGCCGGCGGCCCCAGUUGCUGAAGCAGUGGUUCCCGUGGCAGCAGAGGGGGCUGCUGUUCCAGAGGUUAAGGAGAGAGGAGUGGAGGACAAGAUGGAUGAGGGUCAGUUGGACCAUGCUGCUCUGCUGCAGGUUAUAAAGGAGCAGCAGGAGCAGCAGAAGAGACUGUUGGACCAGCAGGAGAAACUACUGGCUGUCAUACAGGAACAGCACCAGGAGAUGCACCCCAGAAAGACCGAUGGAGCUUCAGAGGCCGAUGCAGAGAAGGGGGUCCAGGAGGAGGGGGGCGCAUCCAAACCCAAAGACCCAGCUCAAGGUGGUCUUGCCCUGGCCUCAGACACCAUGGAGCCUGGGGAGCCCGCUGGAGCUCCACAGGCCGGAGGGGCCGAGCCUCACAUCCAGCCCCACAAUGAGGUCCUCCCUGUGGAGAAGAGUGCAGAAGAGCAGGUCUUCAAAGUGGUUGCCUCUGUUAUUGCCAAACAAGAAGUACUUCUGGAGGUCCCUAAACGGCCCGUUUUGGCUGAGGCAGCAAUCGUGGCAGAGGUGGAGGCCCCUAAGGAGAGGGACCUUGGGGCUAGGGGAGAACCUCUGGGUCAGGAGGUGACAGAGGGGAUGAAGGUAGAACCAGCCCAGCUGCCACCUGCCAAAGCUGAGGACGGGGUAGUUAAAGGAGAAAGAGAGACUGGAGGAAGUGAGGAUUGAUAGAGUGGUGCGGCGGAGGGUGGAGGAGGAACGGUUGGAUAGGUAGAGGAGGGAGAAACUGUCGAGAGAGCUGGAGAUCGAAAACUCCAGAGUAGAGAAGGAGGGAAUAGAGGCUGGAAAAGGAGCGAGCAGAGAGCGAGAGAGCGGAGUGAGGGAGGAUCCAGUGGGAGAAGAUGGAGAGAGAGGUGAUGGAGAGAGCGGAGAAGGAGAAAAAGGACCAGGAGCAGAAGGAGAAAUUGGCACAGCUGGAGAGCACCAUCAAGGCCCGGGAGGAGCAGGCUCUGGCUCCAGCUGGGCCAGGACCUGUCAAACCAGGAUUAGGAGAAGAACUAGGGGCUGUGAAGAAGAGUGGACGGGACCUGAAGGAGAGGGCGACCGUCCAGUCAGACUCCAGCGAUGUUGUUGAAGAGAAGACCCACAAAGCCCAGGACCAGGGGGUCCAGGAGAAGGCCAGGGACCAAGGAGACAUGGACCUGAGAAGGAGGAGGAGAGCCCUGGGGGUAGGAGGGGUAGGGGAGGCUGGGGGUUCCAGGAGGGGUGUGCUGGGGCUGGAGCCCUUCUUGGACAUGGGGGGGUGGGAUCUCCAUGCAGCCCUGGAGGCACCGCCACUCGGGGAGCACUGGUACACACACGCCAGAUAAAACAGACCUCUGAGCUUGAGAGAAACGAGUAACUGGGAGUGUUCUUUUACAUUUGUAAAUUUUUUUUAACCUUUAUUUAACCAGGCAAGUCAGUUAAGAACAAAUUCUUAUUUUCAAUGACGGCCUAGGAACAGUGGGUUAACUGCCUGUUCAGGGGCAGAACGACGGAUUUGUACCUUGUCAGCUCGGGGCUUUGAACAACCUUCCGGUUACUAGUCCAACGCUCUAACCACUAGGCUACCCGGUAUACACGCACAUGAAUACGGUAUAACAUACACUCACAGACAGUUGGGUUGGACUGUGCAAAUCCCUGUAUUUACACAAACACUCGCAUAUAGUUGGUUAGAAUGUGCACACCCUAUUCUCUCUCUCUCACACACACACAUGUACAGUUGGUAGUUAUACAGGCGUUCAUACUAUUCACAACACACAUUCUUUCUCUCCCACACACAGUCAUGUUCCAUGGAUCAUACUCUGCCUUACCACCUGUCUUCAUAAUACCUGACCAGUACAGGAGGAUUGUGAGUGUGUGAGGUGCAUUGAUUGUUAUAGGGAACAUUCUGGCUUUUUACCAAUUAUUUGCAAAAUAUCUGAUUGGUCAUAAUACCAUUUAUUGGCUGAAGAUGGAUCAGCAUUGGGCUGCCUGUGUCUUCAUUUGACCCUAGUCUGUGUUCUUCUACCAAAUAGGAUUAUUUUUUUUAGCAUCCUCCUUCCAUGAUUCCAGAAGACAUUGCAGAUAUAGUGAUGAUAAAGAUAUUGUAGCAAUGAUCAAAUAUAUUGUAGACUAUUCUAUAAUAAUUUGCUGUAUUAUGCUGCCAUAAAUCUAUUUAAAAUAGAUUUGUAUGUAAAUAUUAACUUAUUUUAGUUUUUUUUAUUAAGAAGCUCAAUGCUCUACUGUAAUGUAUGUUAAGCUAUGCAAUACCACAUGCCAAGUUUCCUUUUGUCCUGUGUGUUUGAGAGAGCAAUGCACCACCUAUCCGGCUAUCCAAUGGCUGCGUUUGAGUCACUUUAAAUCUCUUGAUACUUCUAGGUGAUGUGGAGUUUUCGUUUUGGCUCUGUAGAGAUGACUUGUGGUUGUUUUUGUUACUGUAGUGCUUUUGUUAAGCCCUUUGAAAUGUAUGUUAUUGUGAGCUGUAAAUAGUGUAUAUGUUAUUUUCUGAACGUAGCUAAAUGUUCUCAUGCUGCUUUUUCUGACAUAUUUUUGGAAAACAUUCAUAGUACAUUUAAUUAAGGAUAAAUCGGUUAGCUUCCUUGCUUACAUUUUCCUCUCGAUUUUAAACCAGACUUCCAUUUUGAUGAGUACAAACUGCUACUGUAGUGUUGUAUAGUGUAGCCUUAUUUCUACACUGACUGGUCAAAACAUUAAGAACACCUUCCUAAUAUUGAGUUGCAACAACCCCCCUUUUGUCCUCAGAACAGCCUCCACUCUACAAGGUGUCAAAAGCGCCCCAGUGGGAUGCUUCCCACAGUUGUCAAGUUGGUUGGAUGUCCUUUGGGUGGUGGGCCAUUCUUGAUACACACAAACUGUUGAGUGAAAAACCCAGCAGUAAAGGAGUUCUUGACACACUCAAACCGGUGCGCCUGGCACCUACUACCAUACCCCAUUCAAGGGCACAUUAAUAUUUUGUCUUGCCCAUUCACCCUCUGAAUGGCACACACACAAUCCAUGUCUCAAGGCUUAAAAAUCCUUCUUUAACCAGUCUCAUCUACACUGAUUGAAGUGGAUUUAACAAGUGACAUCAAUAAGGGAUCAUAGCUUUCACCUGGAUUCACCUGGUCAGUCUGUCAUGGAAAAAGCAGGUGUCCAUAAUGUUUUGUACAAUUCCCAAACAUUUUACCCACAAAGGAGUUCUGAAUCCAUAACUCUGGUUCUACAUUCCAUGUUCUGGUUCUACUCUCUCCACCUUUCAUACAUGAUGUUUUCCAUGACUUAAAGUAAUGUGGUUAUUUUGUUUAGUCAUAUCCUGUGUGUGUGUGUGGGUGCCACUGCUUUGUGCCUUGUAUUGUAACUUGUAGUGAAAUGAAUGGGCCAAAGUGAGUAACUGUAUUGAUGUAAAUGGAAGUUUCCUUAACCCUGGCUGAAUGUUUCCUAUGAAGUAGGAAUGGCUUCUCUCAUGGUGACAAUGUAAGGCAAAAUACUGGAAUACUUGUAGAGGUGGUUUAUUUAUGCAAUUUAAUUGUCAUCUCUCUGUUCUUGUAGCAUUUGAAACAGUGGCUUUGACUUCUACAAUGGUGCACUGUGCUGUA